AUAUUAAGACAUCUAGUACCAGGAAGCUGCCUUGGGUCCUCAUUCCUGGAUAGGGUGACUCACCCCAGUUCUCCCUCCCCAUUGCCUGGAGGGUCCAGAGCAGCCAAUCAGCAUCACCCUGGCUCCAAGUUACAAGUCUCCACUGACCCGCCAAGAUUCAAAUGCUCAGCCACCUCUGGGACACAGGUGAUGCCCCCAACUCUCCUGCUGCUGCUCUCCUGGGCUCUGGCGCUGACAGAGACCUGGGCAGGCUCCCACUCCCUGAGGUAUUUCCACACCGCGAUGUCCCGGCCCGGCCCCGGGGAGCCCCGCUUCAUCGCCGUGGGCUACGUGGACGACACGCAGUUCGGGCGGUUCGACAGCGACUCCCCCGGGGGGAGGGUGAAGCCGCGGGCGCCCUGGAUGGCGCAGGAGGGGCCGGGGUACUGGGCGCGGCAGACUAGGAAGGCGAAGGGCGCCGCACAGACGUUCCGAGCGAACCUGGGCAGCGCGCUCCGCUACUACAACCAGAGCGCGGCAGGCUCUCACACCCUCCAGGGGAUGUCUGGCUGCGACGUGGGGCCCGACGGGCGCCUCCUCCGCGGGUACAGUCAGGUCGCCUACGACGGCGCCGAUUACAUGGCCCUGAGCGGGGACCUGCGCUCCUGGACCGCGGCGGACACAGCAGCGCAGAUCACCCGGCGCAAGUGGGAGGAGGAAGGAGAGGCGGAGCGCGUCAGGCACUACCUGGAGGGCAGGUGCGUGGAGGGGCUGCGCAGAGACUUGGAGCGCGGGAAGGAGACGCUGCAGCGCUCAGAGGCCCCAAAGACACAGGUGACCCACCACCCCACCUCUGACCAUGAGGUCACCUUGAGGUGCUGGGCCCUGGGCUUCUACCCUGCGGACAUCACCCUGACCUGGCAGCGAGAUGGGGAGGACCUGACUCAGGACACGGUGCUGGUGGAGACCAGGCCUGGGGGGGACAGAAACUUCCAGAAGUGGGCGGCUGUGGUGGUGCCUUCUGGAGAGGAGCAGAGAUACACGUGCCAUGUGCAGCAUGAGGAGCUGCUGGAGACCCGAGUCCUGACUUGGGAGCCCCCUCUUCAGUCCUCCAUCCCCACUGUGGGCAUCGUUGCUGGCCUGGUUGUCCUUGGAGCUGUGCUCACUGGAGCUGCGGUGGCUGCAGCUGUGAUGUGGAGGAAGAAGCGCUCAGGUGGACAAGGAGGAAGCUACACUCAGGCUGCAGGUGGCCACAGUUCCCAGGGCUUUGAUGUGUCUCUCAUAGCUGCUAAAGUGUGAGCAGCUGCCUUGUGGGGACUGAGUGAUGCAGGAUGUCUUCUCAUCCCCACUUUGUAACUUCAAGAUAUGCCGGUUUCUUUUGCUGCAAAAGGCAUCAGAAUGUGUCUCUGUUCUUAUGAGAUAAUGUGAGGAGGUGGGGAGACUGGCCCAGCCCUGCCCACCAGACCCCUCCCCACACUGACCUGUGUCUCUCCUUGAUGAUUUUCCUGUUCCAGCAAAGGCAGCUUAGUCUGCAUCUACCCCUGUCUUUGUGUUUUCCUCAAGAACAGUAACUACUUCCUUCUGGAAAUAAUAAUUGAGUUCUGAAAUUACUUUCUGUGAACUUGUCUGAUGGGUUUGAGGGCUAAUAAAAAUGAUUCCUGAAAUUUGAGAUGAAAUAAAUGGGAACC